AAGCGUUAUUGUAGUGCCGUGGUAAAAACAAGCGCUUUUCUUUUGGCUAAUGUCAAUUCAUAUGUCGCCUGUUAUUGCCUGUAUGACAUAGUAAAGUUCUGGUGGCAUUUCACUCUUCAGUGACUUUCCAAGCUAAUUUUCCAAAUUCCAACCAUUCUGAAUAUUUUUAUUCUAAUUUUAAAUCUAGAACUUUUAUGAUAAAUAAGUAAUGCGGUCAGAUUAAAAUGAUGGGCUGGAAAGGUGCAAGAAGAGUAGGAAAGGCCGGCGGGUUUGGAAAAGGAGCAAAGUUCAAAGUUGGACGUUUUCUUCGCUUCUUUUGCUGUUACAAGUGAACCGCCGUGAACGACUGUCCAACAAACCCCAACAAUGGAAUGAAUGAAGAAUUCAAGAGUUAUUUUCCUUGAUAAAGGAAUUCAUUAAUAAUUUCAAAGACAGUUUAUGGAGGUUAAAAAGGAGAAUUGGAACGGAAUUUUUGUGAGGUGGAAAACCUGGAAAUAAAAAUGGCGGUCAAAACGCGUGUAAGGUAUGUUUAAAAUGUGUACUUUUUGAAAAAUUAUACGCUGCGAUCUACAAAGAUAAUACAAGAUGCCAAUGACAAGAAGCGCUGCUGCAGGUCUUAGAAAGUCUCUGGAUAAAUCAAGAAGGAGCGAGGAUUUCGCUAAUGGAGCAGACACAACUGUUAAAUACAUUUGGCAGUAUUCUGAAACGCAUCAACGAUUCAAUCCAGCCGAAAUGAAUGAAUAUAUUGAUACAAAAAGAAAGGAACGAAACCAAAGAUUAUUUAGCAAAACUCAUCCACCUGAAGCAGAUUCUAAUGAUGCACCUUCCACAAAUGGUUCUGAAGAGGUAAGCCUUGGUAGAAAUGAGCAGAGGAAACAAAAUAUAAAAAGAUCACUGAAAAUGUUGGAUGAUGCUGUCGGCAGCCCCAGGCGAAUGGGGUCACCCUUGCAUCGUACGGUUGGCACUCCAGGGUCAAUAUUGAGAGGAAAUCAUCAACAAACUUUACCUACACUCAAGCACAGUUCCUACACUCCAAGUGGUCGCUCGUCCUUAGCCGAAGGUAGUUUUGAUAUUCAGAACACAUCGUAUUUGAAUAUGGUUGGAACGACGCCAGGACGCUCCAAACUCGGCCAUUCUGGAAGACAUUUUGAUGCCAGUAUUUCCCUCAUGGAUGACAGUGGUUACACAAAACCGGUUACUCCAACUGGUCAAUAUUUCAUUGAGGAUGAGAGAACGACUGAUAUUACGAGAUCGACGACGACUUACGCAGAAAUGGAUGCGGUCGAAACAGCAUUUGACGUCCUACUGGAAGGCUUCACCAAAUGCCUCACGACGCUGACACAUUCUUCUCAAGUUUUCCAAUUGGUAGAUGAAUAUGAAAAGUUGUGUAGCGAUACUGCGUCCGCUAUUUACAAUUUUGCCAGGAAAAGCACUCCUGGAAGAGCAAGAUUUUCCAAACGAAUCAAACAUAUGGAUGCUACAAACCAGGAGAAAUACACAUGGCGGCUUAUCGGCUACUUAUUCAGGGACAGACUAGAAAGAACUGAUAGUAAUGACGAAGAUUUGUUUUCGGAGACCGUGAGUAAAGAAACUAAUAAAAGCGAGAGGGAAAUUGUUCUGGAAUUGUACAAAAGAGAAGCAAGCACACGUCGUAAUCAGUUGGUCAUCGAUUGGUUGGAAAAGAACAGCGAAGAUUGGCUGGAAAAUUUUAUCGAGUCUGAAAAUGUCGAAUACUUUGGGAACUUCUAUAACUGGGAAAACACUCUUCACUCGUUGGAGCAGUCUGGUCCGACGACCGCUCCAAAACGUCCCUUUGUAACAGAAAUGGAUCCAGACGCUCCGGUGAGACAAAACCGAGCAAUCGCUGAUCUGGACAUAGAAGACGAAAGGCGUCUCUUGAAGCAUUUGUUCGCUUAUAUCCGUGCUGGUAAACUACAGCAGGCUCAAGAACUUUGCAUCAAGUGCGGUCAAGCAUGGCGAGCGGCUACGAUGGAGGGCUGGAAACUAUAUCACAAUCCGAAUUCCAACAACAAAGACAUAACUGACAACGGAAAAAUAGAACCUAUAGUGGGAAAUCCCAAUCGUGAUAUUUGGAAAAACUGCUGUUGGAAUUUAAGUGAACAGGAUUGCUACAAUGUCUACGAGAGGGCGAUCUAUUCAACUCUUGGAGGAAAUUUACGUCAGAUAUUACCUGCGUGCAUUUCGUGGGAAGAUUAUUUGUGGGCUUAUUUCAAAGUCAUGGUGGACGUACGGGUGGAACAAGCCGUACGGGAAGCGUCAAACACACAGUUUCAUGUCAUACAAAAAUACAUCAUCCUCAAUGAUAUAGAUGGACUUCUAGAGGAGGUGUUUGAAUGGCUCAAUGAUCAAGCAUUGCCUUCAGACAUGCUGAGGUUCAUGGCUCAUUUUAUAUUGUUCCUAAGGACUGUUGGCAUGGAAACAAAAGACACUAUGUGUGUAUCAAUUUUGCAGUCUUUUGUUCAGUUACUGAUAAAAGGCAGGCAUUUGAAGUUAGUCGCAAUUUAUACGAGUCAUCUUCCAGCUGAUCUCCAAGUCACGCUUUAUGCACAGUUUUUGGAAGAUAUCACUGAUAAAAAUGAAAGAAAACUUUGCUUCGAACUGGCUGAGUCCUCUGGCCUGGAUAUUGCAAGCAUCACCAAGACUGUCGUGGAGAACAUUCGUGGCAAGGAUGAUUUUAAGAUACAAGAAGACUCCGCUCUUGAGGCUGCUACAACUCAGGAGGACAGAAGAAAGAUUGAGGCCAUAGAAUGGCUGAUUUUCGAUCCAUCUCAGCGGGCAGAAGCCAUCAAACAGAGCAACGCUAUAAUGAGAUGCUUUAUAGCGCUAAAAAAACACGAGGCAGCUCGAAGUAUAUUUGAAAAACUUCCCGAGGACUCAAUCGAUGUCGUACAUCGUCGCUGGCAAAUGAAGGCUGGUGACUCGCCCCUUACUCCUCAAGAUAGUAAUUCAGUCCGCGAAUAUCUUUGUAUAAAGGCGUAUCUGGAUGCCUUAGAAACCUUCGAUGCGUGGUUUGAACAUUUUCAUCGGAAUGCUCCGAAAGAACCAAAGACGAGAGGGGCCGUUUCGUUCACGCAGAAAGUCGCUUUUGAACAAGAAUUAAAACAUUACCAGGCGGAAAGAGACAGAUGGGAAAGAGCUUUGGAUCUGCAUACAAAGGAAACGUCCCAUCGAAUAUACAACGUUCUUUUGUUCCCUGGUGGUUGGAUGAUAGACCUUGAUGAGGAGGACACUCCAAGAGAAUCAAGAGCACGUCAACUUGGUUUACUUCGCCAGCUGUGCAUACCUUUUCUGACAUUCCUAUUGCAAAGCGUUCUUUCCUCUGCCAAUGAGCACAAGCAAUGCCUGCAACUGGCAGAUAUUAUUGCAUCAUCAAAAACCGCCUUGUAUCAGGUGUUUCGCAAAGACGAACUACGCAAGCUUCUCUCUUUGCUUCGACAAUCUUCGAUUGAAAUCCUGGAAAACCAGAUUGAUCCACUGGGAUAUGAAAUGAAGUGAACAAAACAGGAAUUGACGGUUGUAUAAUAUACGUACUUUAUUGAUACAUGUAGUUUCAAAUACUUAAUAUCUAGGCUAUUUUUUAUAAGAUCAAUUUAAAAAGCACUGAAUGACCUGGUCUGGACGUACUGUUUGAGAACUGCAAGACCGCGUUCUUUCCGCGUGUUAAAAAAGUAAUGAACGUGUUCUAAACGCGUGUUAACACAACACUCCGCGUGUUCACGGGGCAUUGACCGUGUCUUAACUGCUGGUAAUGACCGAGUUCUUGGAACGUGUUUACACGAGAUAAUGACACCUUUUUUGCUGUGUGCUGACGACGUUUUCACCUCGUUCUGCCCCCGUGUAGGCGAAGUGAUGUACGAGUUUUUAUCGCGCUUUAGCGAAGCACUGACCACGUUCUUAUCCCGUUUUAACGAAGUACUGACUUCGUUCUUACCGUGGCUGUUGACGAAAAACUGACCGUGUUCUUUCAGCGUGUUAUAACUGCGUUUUUGCUGCCUAUGGUUUUGAAACUU